UACGAUUUGAUUCAAACACAAACAUGAUUCUUAAAGUAUACGUUUUUGUUUAUAGUGUGAAAUUUUUUUAAUCAAGUUUGUAAAAAUAAAAUGUCACAUUUCUAAGAUUUGUGUCAGACAGUGACCGAGCUAUUAUUAUUAGCAUCUUGACUUGUAAACACAAUGUCUGUUUUUUUGUACUGCCUAUUUUUACUACUUCCUAGUUUGUGUUUUACCGCCGCAGAAAAACUUUUUUCUGCGGAUGUUGAAAGGUAUUUUCUAUCUUCGGGAUUUCACAGAAUUUUAGUAUAUGAUGUUAUAUUACAAGAAAUAAACAAUGCAACAGCCGUACUGAUUAAAGAAAUGUUUCCAAAAGACCUUUACGUUGAUCCGUUUGAAAUUUUAAAUGAAAUGAAUGAAAGUAAAGUUAAAAUUCAAGUUCCAUUGAAGUUUAUUAAUGCAGAAGCACCCAAAUAUUUUGCCCAGCCAUUUGGUAUAGAAUUAUGCAGCACUUCUGUGAGUAACUUCCACCAGAUUUUCCUACCAAUUCACAGUAGGUAUCAAGAGCCACAUUACUGCAAAAAGUUUGGAGAUAACAUCCCUAUUGAAAUGAACAUGCCACUACUCAAAUUCAUUUUUAAUGAUAAUGAGACCGACAAAUGCAGCACUAAUGCACUAGAACAUUCCUGGAAUGUAGUAGAAACAAUUCAAGUUAGCAACCAAGAUUUUACUGUUCCUGUUGGCUGUAAAGAAGACUUUUUAAUAACAAUAACCUUAACAUCUUCCACUUUGGGACUUUCAACAAUUUUUUUACUGCUAUUCAUUUAUAAAUUUAGCACAUACAAUCAACUCUGA